AUGGCCAGCAACUUAGUUUUUUAAAAUUAAUAUCAACAACAUGAAAAUGAAAAUAUCAUUCUCAUUAAUGGAAUCAAAUAUGAAAAGAUUUACCCACCUAUUGGUUCAGGAUCUGAAGGUAUAAUUUAUAAGGGAAUUAAUGUUUAAACAAAAUAAAAAGUAGCGAUUAAAGAAAGCCAUCGAUGUGAUUAAAGGAUGAUUAAUGUCCUUUAGACAAUUUUUCAAAAGAAUUGUAGUCAUAUCAUCGGAAUAUAUGGAUUCCAAUAAACUCAAAAUUAAGGUGUAAUCGUUGUGAUGGAACAAGCUCAUGGAGAAUUCUAUGAAUUUAUGAAGUAUGAUGAAUUUAAAAAAAUGACUUAUGCUGAAAAAAAUUCUUUAUUUAUUUAAAUGGUAAUAGGAGUCUAAUAACUACAUUAAUUGGGAUUAUUCCACAGAGAUUUGAAACCUGAAAACUUUGUUUAUAUCAAAGGAGAAAACAACAAGAUAACUAUUAAACUGAUUGACUUUGGUUUUGCCAAAUAAAUUUAAAAUCAACUGAGAAAUACUUACAAGGUUGGAACACCAUAUUACAUGGCUCCAGAAGUUAUGGGAACUUAAGGCAUUUUAUAUUCUAAAUCAGUUGAUAUAUGGUCUUUGGGGGCAAUUUGGUACGAGGUGUUAGUUGGUCAAGUAUUUUUUAAAUGUAAUUUUUAAUAGAAUAUUCAGUAUUUUAUCCUUAAUUAGAAAUAAGAAGAUAUUGAUCUAUAGAUUGAAUAAAAUUAAUCAAUACAAAACAAAGAAAAAUAGUUUAUUAAACAAAUGCUUCGCAAAGAUCAUUUAACUAGAUUGAAUUUACACGAUAUUUUGACAGCAUAUAACUCAAAUGGAUAGUAAAAAUUUCAAAUUUUCAAGCCUCUUAUUAAUAGGUAAGAGGAGUAAAAAAUUUAAGAGGAAGCUAGGAAUUAAUUAUCAAAAUCAAUUACCAAUUAGAAAUAUUAAGAAUAAUUGGAUGAGAUGAAAAGAGAUUUAGGACGCAAGAUUGAAUAAGAGUUACAAGCAAAAUAUGAUAAACUCUAAGACGAUUACAAAAUUAGAUUAGAGAAUUAAAUUAAGGAAAAACAAAAUGAAAUAAAAGAGUAACAAGAAAAAGCUCAAAAAUAUGAAUAGAAUAUUUAAGAAAUAACUUAAAUGAAGAUAUAGUAAGAAAUAUAAUUUUAAAUUUAAAUGGAUUAGUUUAGAUAGCAGAAAGAUGAUGAAUAUAAUGAUUAAAUUAAAAAACUAAAGUAAGAGGCAUCUCAAGAAAAAGAAUAGAAAAUAUAAGAACAAGUAAAAUAAUUAGAAGAAAGUCUUAGGCUCUAAUAUGAAAACAAAUAUUUACUAGAAUACAAUUAAAAGGUUACUCAAAUGGAAUAAAAGCAAGAAUUAAAAUAUUAAUAAUAAUUAUAAGCAAAAAGAUAAAAUUUGCUUAAUCUGGUGUAAUUUUAAUAAGAUACUAUUAAUUCAUUUAUUAAUCAAUUACAAUUGCAAUUAUAAAAUCUUACAGAUUUAAAUGUGUAAAAUAAUUAAGAAGAUUAAUUAAGAUCUUAAAUAAAUAAGGAAAUUGAUUAAAAUAACGAUUAAAUAAUAAUGAUUUUAUAAGCACAAUAAGAGAUAGAAUAAUUGUAGACUUUGGAGAUGCUUCAAGAAUAAGAGGAUAAAUUGGUUAGUGAAUAGAAAAACUAUGUUCAAUAAUAAUUCAUUGUGAUCAAUAAGAUAUCUGUGUAGAUAAAUGCUAUUGAAAAGUAAUUAAGAAGUACAAUACAAAUUGAGAAACAAGAAUAAGAAAGAGAGCAAUAACUCAAUAAAUUAAAAAAAAUCUAUUAAACACAACUCGAGAGUUCACAAUAGUUUUUUUCGUCCAUUACUCCAGAUAUUAAAAAGAUUUAGGAAAAAAUGUAAAUUUACGAAGAAAUUUAGUUUCAUUUUUAAGAGAAAAGUUGCAUUCAAGAUGUUCUACAAUCAUAUUAGAAAAUUACAUUAGAUUUAGAAAUGUUAAGAUACAAAUAGAAUGAUAUUUGUUAAUUUGAGUAAUUAUAGUAGAUUAUUCAAUAUCAAUCUCUUAUCUGCAAACUUGAAGAACUUUAGUAACCUAUAAGUCAACUAAAAAAAUCUACUUAAAAUACAAUUUAAAGUAUUAAAACGAUUGAUGAAGAGUUUAUUAAUAAACAGCAAAAAUUAAUAGAGGAUUUAUAAGACUAGGUAAAUGAUUAUAUUGAAAAAUUGUAGUAUUUAUCUCAAAAUCAGAAAUAUAGAUAAGAAAUUAAAAAAUAACUUAAUCAGCUUGAAGAUUCAUAGUCUAAGUCAGAAUAUUUAAAUCAAAUAUUGAAUCACGGGAUAUUUUAGAAUUAUUAAGAAUUUAAUUAAGUUUAUAACUCGCUUUGGCAAUAAUUAUAAAAUUCUUAGAAAUACCAUAAUGAUAUCAGUGAAUAAAUUUAUCAUGAUGAAUAAAUUUAAUUAAGAAACGCAUAAAGAAUAAAAGUAUUUGAAACUGCAUAAACAAAAUUAAAAAACUCCAUAGAUAAAUUUUAAAAUUUACAAAAAGACUUUGACAAUUUAUUUAGCAAUUAAGGUUGUAGAGUUGCUUCAAAUAAGAGUGUGAUUAACAAAAAAUUUGAAACAAUAAAUUAAAAAAUAUCUGAGUAUGAAAACUUAUACUAGAAAUGCUAAUAAUUUGAUAAAUAAGAUUCCUGUGAAAUCUCAAAAAUUAACAUAAAUGAAUUGGAAUAAGUUUAGGAAAAGUUAAAGUAAUAAGUUGAUGAUGAAACAGAACACUUAACUAAAUUACACUUGUUAAUGAAAGAGUAAUAAUCUUGGGAAUAAAAUAGUCAAUAAGAAAGAGAAUUAUAUCAAUUAAAUACACAAUUGUAAUCCUAAUAUAUGCAAUUCUAGAAGGUUAAAAAAUCAAUUAAAAUUGAAUGUGAAAGCAACGAGUUCUUGAGAAAAAUGAAUGAUAAGAAAGAUUAUCUUAAAAAAACUUUAGAAGACUAAUAGAAUGCUUUGAAUAAAAAUUUUCAUGAUUUUAAUGAAAACGAGAAAUUAUUUAAGGAAAAAUUUUAAGAGAUUGAGAAUAAAUAAGGGCGUUUCAAAAAUUAAACGAAAGAUUUGCUUGUUCAAUUAUAAAAAAUUUGCUAGAAAGCAGGACAAGAAUUGGAACUUCUAAUAAAUGCAGUGAAUUAAAGAAAACAAAUAAAUUUCAUAACCAUGGAUAUUGAACUAGUUGAAACUUACGAAAACUUAUAAAAAUAAGAUCUUGAAUUAUUAGAAGAAAUAUAAAUAAAUAGUAAAAUGUCUAAUUAAUCAUUAAAUCCAUCAGAAUUAAAUUAGUUAAAAGUAUAGAUUUAAAAAGUAAUUUCUAAAUUAAAUGAAUUAACUAAGAAAUUACCCUCGAAUUGUGAGAUUCAAGAAUUCAAUAAUAAAUUUAAAUCGAAUUUCGAAUCUUAUUCUAUAUUAUAUGCUUUAGUUAAUUACAUAAAGUAGUUUCAUAUCACAAAAUAUUAUGAGAGAAUAAAAGAAUAUGCAAAUAGGUAAAAAAAGAAAUAAAUGAAUCAAAGCAACUAUAUAAAAAAAUUUUAUGAAAAAUAAUCGCAGGAAUUAGAGCAGAAUACUAUAAAAGAGAAGAAAUCUUAAGAUUUAUUAUAGAGAUACAACAAUAUUUUGUUUAAGGAUUAAAUUAAAAUGAUGAUAGAGGAUAUGGAAGAAUAACAAUAAUAGAUGGAUUAAACUAUCUAAGAGCUAGAGUUGUAUAUUAAAUAAACCUCUAUGGUAAAAUUAAAGGGUACUAUAAAAAAUUAAGAAACAAUAAAACAGCUCUUUAACGAUGAAUGCUAUAAAAAGAGAAGGUUUAUUUAAAUUUUAGAAUUUAACAUAAUAUUUCCUAAAAAUUGA